AUGGCUCCGCAAACUCCGCUCAAUUUAAAUGAACCGUUGAGCAAGGACUCCAAAUCAACACUUGAACAAGUUCCACUCACCCCAGAAUUGGCAACUGCUGGAUUGACUUUACAUGGAGACUAUUAUAGACAAAGUCAAGCCAAAUUCAACAAGUACUUGGUUUGGCAUCCAUACUCGCUUGCAUUUGUUGCUGCUGCCACUUCGAUUUACGGAUACUUGCAAUUUGCUAAGGUAAUCGCUGAAUCAUCAAGCUUUUGGGAAUUCCUUUACCUGCCAAGCACAAUUUCUAGAGCAAUGAUCACUUUACCGGGGGUACUCUUUGGUUUAGCGUGUGUUGGACUAUUCAGCCAUUUAGUUUCUGAUGAUUUCAAGACAAUCACUGACAACUUAGAGAUUUCUACCUAUUCUACUGCCAUUUUCGGGUUUGACUUGAUCAAGUUUGCAAACUUGCCGAUCUUCAAGAAACUCAGCGACGAUAAGGCUGCCUAUGAUAAUGGAGAGAACACCUCUGUAAUCAUUUACAGAGAUUCGCCUAUAGCAAUUGCGACCGUUACUCCUUUGGAAGAACAAUCAGAUGAAUCCAACUUCGUAGUACAAAUCUCCGGCUUACACGUUAGAAAGGUGUUUGCCAAAGUAGACUUUGAUGAAAUGUUGCUUGAAUGGGCUCUCACAAGAGCCAAGUUCUUGGCCAACACUAACCCAAAAUACAAAGACGCCAAAGUUACUGUUUUGACUGACGCCUACUCAUUUGAUUCUCAAAGAAUAAAAUUGCUUAAGUCCAAUUUCUUCGAGAAGGUAAAGUCUUCAAGGACUUUGAACCCAUUCUCGACUAUCAUUCAAGCUGAGAAAGAGUUGGAAGGGUUGGUUAAGAAGAAGAAUCCAAAUACAAACUCAACUUUCUUCGGAAUAAGACCAGAAGUAUUGACCAGUAUAUUCGAUGCUUCCAGAAUAACCUAUUCGUUGACUAUAAACAGGAAGGUACCAAUCGAGGAAAUAAAAUAA